GGGAGAGCAGAGGAGAUCAGAGGAGACCUGAGGGUGUCUGUACGGCGGACGGUCCCUCGGUCCUGGACGAAAGAUGCUACAAUGAGCAGCUUCCUGGACUACACGGUGAUGAGCGGGGACGGCGGCUCAUGCUCGGUCAGGACUUUCCACACGGACCACGGUUUGACCACUUUCCAGUCCUGUGCAGUGAGUGUCAACAACUGCGGGGCGGAUGACCGGUUCAUGGGCAGCAGGGCUUCCCCUGAUGUCAUCCCCCACCAGGGGUCGUACCAGUCCAAUGCCCCCCCUCUGGGUCUUGCCUAUGGGGCCCACCCGGCCUGUAGCUCCAGCUAUGGACCCCAAAGUUUCUGUGCUACAUACAACCCAUACGCACUCAACCAGGAAGUUGACACCACAGCUGGAUUCCCACAGUGUGGCCCGUUGAUGUACUCGGGCAACAUUUCCUCCCCCAUGGUCUCGCAGCAUCGCCAAGGGUACAGUGGCGCCCCCCUGGGUCAGCUGCAGUACGCCCAUGCAGCCUACGGCGGCGGGCAUGAACAGGCCACCCCGUUUCCUGGCUGUUCGAACCCUCUGUCUCCUCUGCACGCAGCCCACCUGGAGGCAUGCUGUUCCCCUCUGUCCGAGGCUGCGUCCUCUGCCCAGACCUUUGACUGGAUGAAGGUCAAGAGGAACCCACCAAAAACUGGCAGGUCAGGGGAGUACGGCUACGGUGGUCAGCCCAACACUGUCCGGACCAACUUCACCACCAAGCAGCUCACAGAGUUGGAGAAGGAGUUCCACUUCAACAAGUACCUGACGCGUGCGCGGCGUGUAGAGAUUGCAGCUGCCCUGCAGCUGAAUGAGACUCAGGUGAAAAUCUGGUUCCAGAACCGGCGGAUGAAGCAGAAGAAGCGGGAGAAGGAGGGGCUGCUUCCGGCCAAAGCUCCAACAAGCUCGGAUGCUGGGGAAAACACAGAGGACAAAAAGGACGACGCAGCAUCCGAGAAGUCCAUUUCUGCUCCAUCCUCUCCUUCUCCCUCAACAUCCACGCUGUCGUCCACUGGAGCUGACCCUUACUCCUCUAACUGAGAGUUAGAGUCGAACAUGUCAUGGCGUCACACAUGCCACAGCUAUUGUGUCAGAGCCUGCAGAUGUGGACGAGUUUAUGCACUAAUGAGAACUUUGGAAAAAAAAUCUCCUGGUUAAAUACGUGUUGGAAGACUUUCAGUGUUUCGUGUACAUACCUGUGUACGUGAUGUUUCACACGGUUUCUGACUAAAUGUUAAAUCUGUGGCACAACAUGAUCCUGUUUUUUCACGCCCCCCCCCCUCACGAGCGAAUACCUCACAUGUGCCAAAGACGUGCGUGAUGGCCGAGGCCGGACUGAUUGCCCGGGAUGUCGAUCAAUCAGGCAACAAACAAUCAACCAACACCUUAUAGAGUUUAUUGUGAAAGUGUGUCUGUGACUUUCUGAAUGUAUUCUGUGUGAGGUUUGCACGACGCGCAAUGCUUUCAUGUGUUUACGAGCGAGGCACUGAGUUUUAUCAGUUGGAGAUCCGAGCUUCGUGGUCACGUGAUUGUCGGAGCAGGCUUUAAUCUGUGGUCUAUGUAAUCCAGGGAGAGUGGAUUGUCCAGAGAGACGUUUACGGGUUAAUCAUGAGUAUUAAAGUGCGUUUACUUCAAAUGAAAACUCUUCAUGUGUCGUUGAUGAGCGCAAACAUCUGGUAAAUCAUACUUUUUUUUUAAAAAAAGUCUCCACUUUAACCCACCAAUCAGAGCACAUGUCUUCAGUUCUUUUUAUGUCCCAUAUCUGAGUCUCUCAAUGUAUGCGGC